AUGUAUCCAGAAUCUACCGAUAAUAUUCGUCCAGUACCACCGGUUCGAGUUGAAUUUCAAGGUAAUCCACAGGAAGAACAACUUCUACCUCCAGUACCUCGUCGCAUGGAUAAACAAGAAGAAAAUGAUACGAAUAUCCCAAAUCAAGAAUGUGCAUGUAAUUACAAUCAGUACGCAACAAAGAAAACAAUCGGUCAUGGUUUGUUAGGAUUUGCUUUACUUACAAGUAAUGCUAUGCAAUUACGAACAUUAGCUUCUCAAAAACAACGUGAUGUUAUAUGGGCUGCAUCAGUUCUUCUUGUCUGUAUUUCGAUAAUUGUACAAAUAAUUUUAGCUUAUCUACUUGUUAUUGUCGGAAAAGGUAAUAUUCAAGAUCCACAAAAACAACUUAAAUUGGAAAAAUAUAAUAAUAUGGCAUUAUUUCUUACAACAUUAGUAUCUAUGGUUAAUGUUGUUAUAAAUGUAUUUAUGUCAACUACAGAUUCGACUAGUUAUUUAGAUACAAAAUCAUUAGAAUUAAUACGAAACUCUACAUAA